AUGCAAAACACCAAAUCAUCCCGCCCCGGCACUUGGGGUAAAUUGGUCAAACAACACCCGGCAUUCCUGGGAAGGAGCGGUCCUGAUCCCGAUCCCGAGACCUUCGAGUCAUUCGUUGUCCAAAACGGCUUCGACAACUUCAGCAUCGAGGAACAUAGACUCGCCGACUACCAAAUAUUCAAUCCGAAUUCUCCGCGCUCGGAGAGCGUCGCGACGAAUGUUGUGAACAGUAAGACGCUGAAAUUGUUGCGUGGAAGGGGAGUUGAAGUUCGGGUUGGUCCGACACCCUCACAAGACAAAACGUGGUCUCUUUCAGCAAACCUCAUUUCAUUUCACUCGCCUUAUCUCAAAAAAGCCUACCUAUGGAAAGAAAAUAACCAAAUCAAUCUGCCCGAUCAUGAUCCCGCUGUUUUCGGCCUGUUCGUCGAGUGGAUGCAUUAUGGGAGCUACGAUUGCUCCGCAUUUCCGAAACACCCCAGCAUAAACGCAAAAUGCUGGAUUCUCGGCGACUAUCUCCUCUGCACAGGAUUCAAAGUUUACGCAUUGUCUUGUCUCUUCAAAGAGCACGUAGACGCGGCAUUCCGUAUCUCUAUCAGCGUUGAGGAUGUGCGGUAUGUGUGCAGCAGCACGACAUCGGAUUCAACCUUGAAACGGUUCUACCUCGAUUUUGUUUCAGAUCACUUUGGCGAUCCCUACCGGUUGCGUGGGGAUAUGGCAGGCUGGGAAACAUUUCUCCAAGAUCAGCCAGAUGUUCGCUCUACCCUACUUCGGAAGCUCAGAUAUGGUCCCCCCCCCAGCGACCUCAUGUCAAGAGCAUAUUUAACUAUUUGGAAGCGGGGAAUCCUACAUCAGAGUCGCCGUUGA